CCUUAAGCUCGUGCACUCCCAGGCCAGGUUGAGACGAUGGCGUGGUUAGCCCCGACCAGUCUGCAGUUUCGAUGUCGUUCCUUGUGAGAGGCCCUGGAGGCGUGCAUGGGAGAAAGGGAGAAAGGGAGUCAGUCUCGCCCAGGGGGGAGGGAGGCUUCGGAGGCUUCGGAGCUUUGCCUCCAGGCCCCAGGGCUGCUGGAACAUCUUAAUCUGCCCAAGACGGAACUCGGCUGAGCAGUGAGCACUGAAACACUGGGCAGAGCAGUUCACUCCACAGCUGGCGCCGGCUGGCCAGUGCUGAUCGGUGCCAAUUCAAGCAACGAAUACGAUGCCGUCGUGAGGUGGGAGGCUGUCGAACAAGAAGGAACUCGACCGUCACGACCGCCAGACACAGCAAUGUUCGCGUUGGUCGUGGCCGUGCUGGCCUUCGUCCUGCUCUACAACCCCGUCACCCAGCUCUUGUCGCCUGCGCCGCCGCACCUCCGCCGGACCCCACGGCCCCAGGUCAACGAGUCCUUGCUGGCAGUCGAGAACCUCACAAACCACACCCUGCCGUGCCCCGCCGACUCGUACUCGGUGCACAUCGUGUCCAGGGCGCCGCUGGUCCUCUACGUCGAGAAUUUCCUGUCGCCCGAAGAGAGGACGCACCUGCUCGAUAUCAGCGAGCCGGUCUUUGAGCCCUCCACCGUCACCCACGAUGGCGGCGCGGCCACCCACCGCGACCUGACCGUCCGCGAUUCCGAGGUGGCCUUUGUCCCCCGCUCGGACCGCGUGAGGUGCAUCGAGUCCCGCGCCAGGGCCUUCCAGGGCUGGCGCCACGACGUCUGGGUGGAGCGCCUGCGCACCCAGCGCUACCGACCAGGCGGCCACUACAGCCACCACUACGACUGGAGCUCAUCCUUUGGCGGGUGGGGCCGCGUGAGUAGCUUCAUGGCCUGGGUCGCCGACGACGACGGCGCCCUGGAGGGGGGCGGCACCGAGUUCCCCCUGCUGAGACGGCCCAGCCCCGAUCAGAGGUGGUGCCGCUUUGUUGAAUGCGACGACGACGACGAGACUCCCGCCAGCCGUGGUGUCGUCUUCAAGCCCCUCGCUGGCAAUGCCGUCUAUUGGGAGAACUUCAGGCCCGACGGCACCGGGAGAGGCUGGGAGGAGACCUGGCAUGCUGGCCUGCCUGUAACCCGUGGCACAAAGGUGGGAUUGAACAUUUGGUCCUGGGGCAGGAUCGACUAGUUUGUCUACGGAGAAAUCCCAAUUCGAUAUGGGCAGUCGGCCCCCCGCGCGGGUUUUGGCUGGCACAAGGCCUAGAUUAUGCAGCUUACACCGCCAGGAAAGCCAAUGGCUCGAAUCGGGUGAAACAUCGCCGGUGUUUUUGUUGUUGUUCGUCAUUCUCAUGCCUCUCUGCAGGCGAGAAGGGUUGCUGCAAUUUCACCUACCACACUACGCGAUAUCGGACGGACAAUAUACGAUGGCACGAUGCCUUCUGGAUCUAGCUGACCUUUUGAUGGGGAACAGCGUUCGACAGCCAUCCAUUGGAACUCUGCCGAUCAAACUUGGCUGCCCGCCCUGAACAAAACUGAUAAGGCGGACAAGUGUGUGAGUAUAUAUUUAUGGAUCGGACGUGCAUUCCAACUAAUGCACAGACGGGAAAGGUUCGGCUUCCGGGAAUAGGCCAUAGGCCAUCUAUCACAAGCCUGCCUUGCUUAAGCCCAGUCCCUACCACAUCAAAGCCUGGAGAGGCACACGCGCCGAUUUACCGUUGUCUGCGACGGGGCGCCUGACGGUGCUCGUUAUGCUGAUUCCACCACAUCGAACGAUAAGUGCACGAUUGGCGGAAGCGAGCCAAGGCACCGCUCGCUGGCGAGGGAGUGAGGUCCCAAUGAAGGAUGGCUUCCCCACAAUGCUGCUGCACGGUGAUGCCAAAACCAACAUCCGACACGCGCGUUGGGUGAAGCCUGUCGUGAAGUCAAGCCCCCCCAAAUCCAGCUGAGCUCCCUGCCAGGCUGCCAGGCCUGGCCGGGGCCAAUGCCCUGUGAACGGACGGAGUACGGCUCUAGCGCAGUCCCACCGCGGAACGAUCCACUUGCGCGGGCUGAAGAGAACAGGAGAGCGAGUCCUGCUUGAUGUCGUCGAUUCGACCCUCACCAGGGAAAUCUGGAAGACCCGGCGGGUACAGCUAAACUUUCCGUCGGCCCAGCCUGAGGAGAACAAUGAGAGCGGAUAGUCUCGGUGGUUGCAUCUUGCAUAUGCAAGUGCACCCUGGAGGGAGAGUCCGGGCGACUCUCAGAGAUAUCUCGACACAAAACGGCCAGCCAAGCCCCUCCCCAGACUACCAGCCUAGUGGCUUUCCUGCGGAAACCAUGGUGUCAACGAUGCAACUCUCAUGUGCCACCUUCAUACACAGUACCCAAAGCCAUCAUUGUGGGACGGGGAUUUAGGUAAUUUGGCGAGUAUAAAGCUGAGUCUCGCGUGGAAUAGGUCCCCCUCCAGUGGGCCAUCCUCAAAUCACCAGCAGACCAUCUCGAGGGAGCACUUGGCCCCGAUCCCGCAAGACGCCCGCGUCUUCUCGUGAGGGGGCACCAUUCGAUCUGGAGCUCUGCCAUGGAGUGGGAACCCCCACAGCUGGAUGCGACAACCUGCAGGCAUAAGCAAGGUUUGAGGCCUUCUCCUUUCGACCUCCUGCAUGCGAUGCUCGAUCACAUAUAUACCUACGCAAAAGUUGUACAUAUAAAUGCUGGGUUUGACGGACAUGGUGUCUGCUCGACUAAGAGGAACACAACAGUAAACCAACUCAGCAACUAGAGAAUCUCAUAUAGCAAGACCCAACUACAUCUUUAGGCGCCUCGCCGAGGGUCUGACGGAUGAAAUGCCGUUGUUAAAAAAUCGAUUUGCCGUCCAAGCGGGCCCACAAGUCUACAGGUCUGCAUUGUACGGAGUACAUGCUGAGGCAUAUUGCAAGGUACAUACAGGUAGAAUGCGCCCGGUCGGGCCUCGGUCAAGUUGCGGGUGCAUCCUUCACGUCAAGAUUGAUCCUUGCAGAUCUGCGUCCUAGUUUUGGCUUGGGAUCCUCUCAUAGGUGUGCCACGGGGGUUAAAUCCCGGGCUACUGUUAGACAGAAGAUGGAGCGAGGGUUUUGGGAGGGCGGUUGUGGUAAAUCAUAGGGGGACAGAUGAGUGUGGUGGUAGGAUCCAGCAAUCAACAGGUUUCUAGGUGCCUACUCAAAAGGUACUUUGAGCCGUAAGCUGUUGGUACCUGUAGUAAUCCCUGAGCCACCCGCGGUUCGCACUCACGGGUGUCGGUGCCGUUGAAUGUACCAGUCUAGGCUGGCAGGAAGUGACAUUCUUGCCCUGGCAUGCGAGGAGGCUAUUCCCGCGGCUUGGACAGGGGGCCCUUGGCCCACAGCUGGGACGUCCGGGCGGGCCCACCCAGGCGGGCGACCUCCAUCGGUUCCCACAGUCCUGCCCGUCCUUUCAAGAUGUGGCUGCCCCACGGCCGAGAAAUGGGCGAUGAGAG